UAAUUUGAUACGGGUAAGUAAAGUACAUUUACCGAGAUGCUCGCUGCUCAAUCACCGAAGCUAGGUACAUAUUAGAAGCGGUCAAUGGAUUAUGCAGGCUUAUCAUACGACUGCACGGCGGAUAAGCCUCAUUUACCCUCAGAUGAAAGCCCGUCCAUCUUCCUUGUUGCCGCGUGCUAGAGGAGUACGAAACGUGCUCGUUAACGUUCUAUGCAUGACCGGCAUAGCCGUAUUCCUCUUCGCUUUCGCACCGGCAGUGGCUUCCUGCAGCACUCUGAUUGCUCGUUUCAGUGCCUUGGUUCGGAAGACGUCAGAGUAAGGCCUCAAUAUGUGGACUGGUGGCUGUCUGUCGUCACAUUAAUGCACGCACCUUGCCCCUGUUGAAGGUAAGACCCGUACGGGAAGGAAGCGGAGGGACGGAGCGUUUCCGGAUACAGUCUAUGGUC